ACUCCCUCCCGCGUGGUGAGAGGCAGGGUGGCAGACUCAACAAAUACUCACCAGUGUGGGAAUGGCCGCAGUGGAGGGUGGAUGUCAUAAGAUAACACUGUGGACAAAGUUACAGCUCUCGUGAAGUAUUCUGGACUGUAGUGAAAUAACUUAAGCGUGUAAAAUUUUACUCGAGUGUCUGGGACUUGAUGGGCACCUGGCAAGCAUUAACUCGCGCCACCUGCACCAUGUAACACCAAGGAAGAGCGUAAGGCAAGACCCUCCCUCUGCUAGCAAUGACGUAGAGGAGGAAGAGGCGGCCAGGCGUUUUCGAAUUCUUUCCUGGAAUCCUUCGUGAAUGAUUCAAUAAGAAAAAAUAAUGCUUGUGUUUGGCAGGCCUAUGCCCACCUGAAGACACUCCCACCGCCGCCAUGCACCUCCAGGGAACAUUCUACAUCCUCAAGAAGAGGUGCAAGGUGACUCUAACGGAACAGUGCAUCAGCUGGAUACCUGAAGGAAGUCCAGAAUGUUACCGUCGCAUCCUAAUCUCAGAGGUGGUGGGCACGUGGCUGUGUCCUUGUGGGUCAUCACGAUGCCGCGUCCGCCCUCACUCCUCCGCCCACGCCCCAGCACGCCAUGAUCCAUCCCCGGCCCCGCUCACGCCCGCCUCGUCAGCGCCGCCCGUCCUCCCCAUGCCGCAACCGGUAACCAAGAUGAGCGGGUCUGGCCUCACGCUGGAGUACUGCGAGCGAGGGGGCGGCCGCGCGGGACCCACUUGGAGGACCCGCACGGUGGCCCUCAUGCAUCCUGCCAACGAGAUGGUCGUGGCGUGGCACCAGGCGAUACGCGGCCUGCUUAGUGGCCUUCGUCAGCGCCCCCGUCGGCUGCUGGUGGUGAUCAACCCAGUAGGCGGCAAGAAGCAGGCCUCGAGCAUAUACAAGAGGAAGGUGAUGCCGCUGUUCCGACGUGCUGAGGUGGAGGCAAGAGUGGUGAAGACCGAGCACCGCGGCCACGCUCAGGAGCUGAUGGAGGACGAGGCCAAUCUGGAGGGCAUGGACGGUGUGGUGGCGGUGGGGGGCGACGGGCUGGUCAACGAGGUGGUGAUGGGCCUCAUGCUGGUGGCGUGCCGCAGGGCGGGCAUCAAUCCUCAUGACCCACAGGUGCAGCUGCCCGCCACACCCCUCAGGCUGGGCAUCAUUCCCGGAGGAAGCACGGAUGCCCUCUGCCACAGCACGCACGGCACCAGCGAUGUGGUCACAGCAGCACUGCACAUUAUUAUGGGUGACAGCCGGCAGGUGGACGUGGCCUCCGUGCACCGCGACGACCAGCUGCAGCACGUGGCCACCACUAUGGUGUCCUACGGCUACUUCGGGGACCUCCUCAGGACUUCAGAGAGGUGGCGCAAAUUGGGGCCGACCCGAUACCUGCUGUCCGGCGUGCUUCAGCUGUUCCGGAACCGCUUCUAUGAGGGCCAGCUGAAGGUUCGUGCACCUGCCACGCCUCUGGCACAACCUUACGACGUGAACAUUUGCAGCGACCGAUGCAACGUGUGCACCAAGGCGGCGGCGUGCUCACCCACGCCCGGAGAAUGGCUCCAGUUCACAGGUCGGUGGAGCAUCGUGACGUCAGCGGUGACAUCUUGUGCAUGUCGCUUGAGUCCUCACGGUGUGUCUCCGGCGGCGCACCUCGGGGACGGCUGCGCAGAUCUCGUGCUGGUGGCGGGCAGAUCCAGGUGCCACACGCUGAGCUACCUCUUCCGCACCGCAUUCACCGGCAAUGCUCUGAGUCUGGAUCAUGUCACCUUCCAUCGUGCGCAGGAGGUGGUCUUUACACCCAAGGCAGGAGCCGCGGAGUCUUCCUGGAACUGUGAUGGAGAGCUGCUGACGGAGCCAAAACUGAGGCUGAGAGUGCACUGCCAGCGGGUGGGGCUGUUCAGCAGGGGCGUGGAGGCCGUCAAUGAGGACCCCUCCAAGACCCCCGCGCCGGCUAAGACUGUGGCAGUGUAACACAUCCCUCCUGGACCAAAUCUUAGUGAUAAGCUUGUAUUGGUUUUGGUUCACAGCCAAGGCUGCUACCAGCAAUCUCAACAUAGAUCGCUGUUACCAGAAUGCUGCCUGUUUUGAAUUACUACAUGUCAUAUACAUUCCAGGCUGUCUGUCUAGAUGCAUAGGUUAGGGUAGGGAGGUAGGUAGGUGUAUGGAUGGAUUGACAGACAAGAGAUAUAUAAAUAGUUAAAUAUAUGAAUGGAUAAACUGAAAGACUGAUAAAGAUAGACAAAUUGACAGACAGAUAGAUAGACACAAGUAGAUGUAUUUUUGCCAUGACAGAACAUAAGAUACGUGCCAUUGGAGCUUGGAUUUUAAGAUUGAAUCACUAUGUGCCUGCUGCAUCUCAGAGCUCGUGCUCCCGAGGCAGGAGCUCUCCUGAGUGUUUGAGCUGCCCUGGCAAAAAUAUGUGUAUCUACUGACUUCUGUAGAUGGAUAGAUAGAUACAGACAGACAAGCAGAUAAAUGGAUAGAUGUAUAGGUGUAGGGAUAGACUGAUUGAUAGAUAGAGCCUGUAAAUAGCAAAUCUAUAUAUUUUGUUAAGUUGGCAGUGAGUGACGGAAUGUUUGGGUGCCCAGCAACAUUCCUGGUGAUAGCAAGGUGCCGCUGCUCACACAGAUGAUAUAGAUUGGUAUUUAUAUGUAUGUAUGUAUGUAUGUUAGCUUCCCACAGAUGACAAAUAUAUAUAUAUAUAUAUUUUCACUAUAAUUAAAUGAGACAUACGUGUCUAAACCCGAUAGCGUCAGGACCAAUGCCACACAGAAACGUAACUGUUGCACAACAACAGCACACUUGAUUGACGCUAUGACUGUACUGUACUGCACGAUGUUCCUGUCACAAUACUUGUAGAAACAAACACCUUGCAUCACUGUGAGGUCCAAAACACAGACUGUAAUCUGCUACUUAAUCCUGUCCCUCUCCAACAUAAAAAACAAUAUAUGUGUGUUAAAGAUAAAA